AGACUAUGGUUUGAUUUGAUUUUGAGUGUUGUGUGAGUGAUUUUGCGUGAUGUUUUAAGUGUGUUGUUUAUUUAUUUUUGUUUUAUUUUAAUAGAAGAAUCGGUCAAUUAUAUCAAGCACGUCGAGGCAAGCUUAUGAUUAUUUAAGAUCUUAAUAGUUCCUGUAAGACCGUCCGUCGUGAAUUCAUUUUAGACAAAUGAGCGGCACGAGUUUAUGAGGUCAGCGCGGGCGGAGGCGAGAGCCAGUCGCCGGGAGACGCGGAGAUGACGCGCGCGCGGUAUAUUGCCUGUGCGCUGCUCAUGCUAUGCCCGCUCGCUAUCGGGCGCAAUGACGACGACUUCGAUUUCGACAACAACGAGGAGUUUCAGGUUGAGCUGACAGCAAAUCAUUCUGAAAUUGCUAAAAAUGGCCUAAGAAGAUUAUGGGGUGUACCUGACACUUCGGCCUACGUGGGACAUCUUUUUCGUAUGGAAAUACCUAAAGAAGCAUUCUCUGGCGACGUUGUUGCAUAUAAGGUGUACAGCAAAGAAGCACGGCAAACGCCCGGCUGGCUGGCCGUGGACUCGAGGCACGGGCUGAUCAGCGGGCUGCCGCAACAUGAACACCUCGGCACGCACAACUUCGCAGUCGUGGCGCACGGGCACACGCGCGGUCUCACCGUAACCGACUAUUUCACUAUAGAGGUGAAGAACGCAGAAGAAAAGCCGCAAUCUAAGUAUGGAUCGUGCAAGCACGAUGAGAAUAGACUGGUGUUAGUUAUUCUGGUAGACGGCGCUUUCCAGCAAAUACAGCCGCGACAGCGGAUACGCGCCUUGAUGGAGCUCGCCUCUUUCAUGGCACUGGAUUGGGAUGAAUUUUGGAUGGCGCCGUACAAGGCAGAGUCGACGCGCUCACAUAUAGUACUAAUGAGCGGUGCCGGUACCACACAGCAUAGACGCAACGAUGCCACCACUGCCAUCUACCUGAACGUGGGUUGCGGGGACAAGCUGUGGGCUCGGCACAAGGUGCUGGUGUCGGGGCUGCGCGAGCAGGCGCGCGACGGCUCGCUCGCGCACCUGCUGCGCCUGCCCGUGCUCGCCUGGCGCCUCGUGGCCGCGCGCCCCGCGCGCCCCGCCCGCCCCGUGCCCAGGCACAAGAGACAAUCGUCGCUGGACUCGGGCUCGGGGGCGUACGACACUUACGACGGCGAGGAUGACGUGGCCGACUACAGCGGCGACUAUGACGACGAAGAUGAUAACGAAGAUGACUUCAAUAUCGACUCAUUGCCAGACUCAGCGCCCCCCACCCCCCCGCGCCCCCACCGCCACCACCACGGCGACGCCAUGCGCGCGCCACACACCACCACCGACAACUUUCAGACCGAGCCCGUCACCGAAAACACGCCGGAAACCCCCUCCCUGCAACCUCCGAUCCGUGUCCCUCCGCUUCCGCUACCCCAACUCACCUCCCAUCCGACUCAAAGUCCCUCGACCCCCACCACCACUGAAGAAUACACAACGCCCACCGAAGAAACUACACCCGAGCUCGUCUCUACCAAUACGUACACAACGGAGGUAAUGAAUAAAGUGAAGAUAACGCCGUACACUGAAUCGAUAUCGGAAGCUAGCGAUGUAAAUCAUGGCUUAGAGUCAGGCGUCGUCGAAUCACGGAAACUCGGCCAUUCCCCAGUCAUCAUUUCACCUGAAGACACCCCAACUACAACCGAAACUGAAAUGCAAACUGUAAUAAUACGGGCCUCCAACGAAGUCCCUCCGAUGUCGUCCGAAGCGCCAACCUCACCGUCACCGUCGCCGUCGUCCUUCGAAACUAUUCAGACAGAGGCAACGACACCGACGACUUCUUCCACGACGGAGUCAACGACGACAUCCACGACAACGACGAGCACAACGACGACGCCAGUGCCUACCACAAUCGCAACGUCGCCGACAGCAUCAUCUACAGUCACUACACCAGUGACCACUCCUACUACUCUGCCUACAACUACCCCGAUUCCCGAAACAACGCUGCAGGAGGUCACAAAACAGGAUAUACCGUUGUCAUCGGAGAGGAGCAGUACUAUAAUCGGACGCACCACAGAAACCGUGACGUUCGCGAUGCCCGUCAACCAGCCGCCCACGCUCAAGUACCACAUGAAGAAGUUAGCCAUUACGGCCGGGAAAGCUUUCAGAUAUAUCAUCCCAGCUGACCUGUUUACCGAUCCAGAGGAAGGCACCAAUCUUACAUUCACAAUGUACGAUUCUGAAAAUGUGCCGCUCAGCAGGAACUCUUGGAUCCAGUUCAUUCCUGCCAAACGUGAAGUCUACGGAUUACCUCUCGAGUCGCACGUGUCACGCUGGAACUUCAUAGUGGAAGCUCAGGAUGGCGAAGGUCUGGUAGCGCGAGGACCUCUCGACAUCACAGUACAGCAACACAAGAGCGCACGUACCAUCAACCACCAGUUCAUCAUGCAAUUCAAACUGGUCAAGGACUACACUAACGCGAUAGACUGGCAGAUAAGGGCGCUGGAAGGCAUCGUCAACCUAUUCAGAGACACCGACAUGGAUCACUUGACGGUGUUGAAUGCCACCGUCGACGGUGAUAUGUGCGAAUAUGUUUGGACGAAUGACACGCUGCCCAAGGAUCCGUCGUGUCCAAUGGACGACAUAAAUAGGCUCAUGAAGAUAAUGGAGUCGGAGUCGGAGGCCGGCAGUCCGUCGGCGGCGCUGGCGCGCGCCAUGUCGCCCGAGCUGAAGGUGGCGGCCGUGCGCUGGCGCGGCGCCGGGCCCUGCGCGCCGCCGCCCGCCGCCCGCCCGCCGCACGACACCUACCCGCCCGUCACGCGCAACCAAGUGGACCACCUCACCGCCACCGUCGGACACCUGCUCGUGUACAAGGUGCCCGAGGACACGUUCUUCGACCCGGAGGACGGCGGCACGCGGCAGCUGGCGCUGGCGCUGGUGCGCGGCGACCGCGCGCCGCUGGCCGCCGCGCACUGGCUGCAGUUCGACGCGCGCAACCAGGAGUUCUACGGCCUGCCCGCGCCGCACGACGAGGGCACCAUGCACUACCAGCUCAUCGCCGAAGACUCAAGCAAGAAGAGUGCAUACGACAGCCUCAUAGUUGAAGUAGUAAAGGCGCCAACAAUUAGACCAACGGUGGAGUUCCACAUGACACUGGACUACCCGUACUCUAACCUAGCCAACAACGCUAAUAACAAACGGAAAGUUGUCGAGAAACUGGCAGCGUUGUUCGGGCAGAAGGAGACUGAUAACAUAAGAAUACAAAGCAUCACGGACAAACCUACAACUAUCAUCUGGUACAACACCAGUCUACCGAUGGACAGGUGUCCCAAAAAAGAGAUCGAAGAGUUGCGGAAUAUGAUAAUCGUUGACGAAAGGGGCUCAAUGGGUGGCAACCUUCGGGAAAGAGUCGACCAUAUUUUCGAUAAGGACUUCAAAGUGAUGUCCAUAGGAUUGAUAUCAAUGGGUCUUUGUGCUGAGCAAGGCACGAAAACGCCCAAAGUUGGUCUGGUGCCAGUUAACGCCGGAACUAAUCUGCAGAACAGUAAAACUAGUAACGCUGCCGAUCCGGAGUACUCGGACUAUUUAGUGACGUUCGUCAUACCCGCUAUAGUUAUCGUUUGCAUGAUAAUGGUGGCCGGAGUUAUUGCGUGCGUGCUUUAUAAGAGGCGACGUACAGGUAAAAUGAGCGUGGGCGAUGAAGAAGAACGCCAGGCGUUCCGGUCCAAGGGUAUUCCCGUUAUAUUUCAAGACGAGUUAGAAGAGAGAGCUGACGCAGAGCCAGUUCACAAAAGUCCAGUUAUAAUGCGCGAGGAAAAGCCGCCCUUAUUGCCUCCAGCACCAGAGUACAGAUCAGGGGAGGAUGCUCCCUACCGCCCUCCGCCACCUUUCGCCGCGUCCCGCACACCCCCUAGACCUAAGGCGACACCCACGUACAGGAAGCCGCCCCCAUACGUUCCGCCUUAAAACUGCCUGAUUAACUAUUCUUAGUAUAAAACGACCGUGUUUCUCAAUGUUACUUGUAACGAAUACUUGAGUGAAACGGGUCAACAAAAUAUUGUUUGCUUCGUCAUUGCAAAACAGCUUAACUAGUCGAUAUAUAUCAAUCAUUUGCAGCUAUUCGAUUAUGAUUUAUUUAUUGUAUACCUACUAUUGCCAAAUUUCUUCAGUUUUGUUGAUUUCCUAUAUUGAGUUUUUAAUAAGUUAUAAAUGCAUUUAUUACAAACAUAUAAAUAAUGCGAAACCUCAUAUCGUCGAGAAAGGAAUUGUGCACAAUUUUGUGACUACGAAUUUCUUAUAAUAUAAUGUAAGUAUAUUUGUCACGAAGUAGGUGUGAAAAUUUAGAUGUAAUGUGGUAAGUAUGUAUGUUAACGACAUUGAUGGCAUUCAAUUAUGUAAGAACUGACACUUCACAAUGAAAUAUUAUUAGAUACUGUUGAAGUAGUUUUGUAAUAUUAGGUGGUAGACUGGAUGGAACAAAGUCUUACACACACGAACGUCGUAUAAUAACUGCUAUUUUGAAGCAAACUCAUUUGUAUUUUUUUAUUCACGUAAAGACGAAUAAAAUGACUAGAUAUGAUUGGCUAAAGGUGUGCCAUUGUUUAAAGAUUGUUAUGUAAUAAUACAAUUUAAAAUUAAACAUAUCGGAAACGUAACAUUUUAGCAUAUAGCAUAGUUCUUCCAAAUAAUAUAUAUAUAUAUUAUCGUAAUACGUAGUGCGUGUGUGUUCGUGAAAAUUGACUGUAUUUCACUGGAAGCGCUAAAGAACGAAAGUGCGCGCACAAACUUUGGAACGCGAACUUUCCGCAAAAAUCGCUUUCACACUGUAUACAAUGCAUUAGUUAUUUGACAUAGUGGUACUUUACACUUGUGUGAACACAAAUUACAAUAAUCAUUAUAAUGAUUAUACAACUGACUUUAGUUUUAGGCUACGAAUAGAUAUUUUAUAAGAACGAAGUAUCAUUUUGUACUCGUCUAACUAUUACCAUAGAUAUAAGAUUAACAAAUUGUGUAAUGAUAGGGAAUAUAAACGAAAUGAGCUAUAUUAAAUAUAACUUUCAUUUGGAUGUAUUUUUUUUCUAUUGUAUACUCAUUUAUAAUUUUUGCAUUUAUAGAUUUUCUUAGCGUUAUGUAUACAUUACAAAUUUAUAGGACAGCUACGUUUCUUGUUUAUCUAAUGAGUUAUUUUUAUUUUCUUAAUAGUUGUACUUAACGAUGUCCACAAGAGCCGAACCAUUUUUUAGUUUUUUGAUAGACUUAACAUUGGCAGCAAUUUCUUUAAACACAAUUCAUUAUAACGCACAUAAUUUAUGUAAGAAUGAGUUUUCUAAUUUAAUAAAAUGAAUUAGUG